AUGCUGACGAAGCCGUGGAUCACAUGGCCGCUGCUGCUCCUGCUCCAGCAACUGGUCAACGCAGAUGUUAGCCAUCUGUCCAGCAACUAUUUGCCACCAGACAACGAGCAGCCGCCAGCCAAUCAGCCAUUGGCGGAUGAGGAAGCGCCUGCGGAGGAUAUGAGCCAAUCCAAUGAUCCUUUCUAUCCGAUGAGUGGCCUGAUGCUGCCCUCGGGCUACGCAAUACCCACAGGUAGCAAUGUGCCACCACCGGGCAUGGCGCCGCCCAACUUUCCGCUGCCCAUCUAUCCGCCGUUCUUUGGAUUUGGCGGCGGGCCGCAAGGAUUUGGAAUGGGGGCAAGUGGUCAAGUGCCACCUGGCUAUGAAGCGCAGUUUCCAGGUGGGCCGUUUCCAGUCGGCGGACAGGGUGGACAGUUCCCGAUUGGCCCACAAGCUGGUGGUUUUCCACCUGGGCCGCAGGGUGGACAGUUCCCGGGUGGACAGUUCCCGGGUGGACAGUUCCCGGGUGGACCACAAGGUGGACCUUUUCCACAACCUGGGCAGUUUCCGAUUGGACCACAGGGCGGACAGUAUCCAGGAGGACCGCAGGGCAUUCCGUUUCCGGCAGGAUCACAGGGCGGGCCGUUUCCGGGUGGACCACAGAGCAAUGGCUUCCCAAUCGGUCCCCAGGGCGGUGGCUUUCCAGUUGGACCCCAGGCUGGUCCAUUUGGACCACAAGGUGGACCAAUUCCCUUCCCUCCCGACUACCUGACCAUGCAAGGCCUGCCCUCGCCGGGCAUGCAGCUGGGCUUCCAGCAGAAUAUCGGC